AUUUAGUAUAAAAUUUUUUCAUCAUGGUUAAACUGGAUACACCACCUCGGUCCGGAACAGCUGUCAAUAUCUUCAAGCCAAUCGAACAUCCUGAUUUUCUUCGUCUUGCCCCUUCACGGUCUUCCAGCCAAAGUAGUAAAAGUUCGACUACUUCGUUGUCAAAUAAAUGGAAAGAAUUGUCAAAAAACAAACGUUCUUCAGAAACUACUAGCGAAGCUUCUACUCUAGACUACAGAAAUGAUUCUUUUUCAGAAGAUGACGAUGUUGAUAGUUUUCUUUCAACUAGUCUUAAGGCAAAAGAAUUAUCAGCACUUUCUAAUUUAUCCGAAGAAACUUUUUACCGACGUCAUGAAUUGUAUGUUACAGACAUCGAAGAUUCCAACGACGUAGUGUUUGCUAUAGCUCCAACUAUCAGGGCGAUUUAUGAUGGAGAUGAAUAUGAGAAAUUUAUGGAGAGGCUGGAUGCACGAAUAAAAAAUCAUGAUAGAGAUAUUGAACGCAUGUGCAAUUUUCACUAUCAGGGCUUCAUUGAUUCCAUCAGGGAAUUGUUGCAAGUUAGAUCCAAAGCUCAAAAGUUAAAGAGUGAAGUUAUGUUGACAAAUGAUGAGCUUCAGGAAAGUGCCAGAAAAGUUAUUCAGAAAGCAGAAGAACUAGUAAAACACAGAAGAAUUCAGUACAACAUUUCAUGUGCUAUAGAUAAUUUAAAUCUUUGCCAACCUGUUUUAGAAAUGUACUUUAAAUUGUUACAUCAGAUGAAAGAAAAAAGAUACUAUCCUGCCCUUAAAAUUCUGGAACAGUUGGAACAUACACAUUUACCUAGAAUUAGCCGCUACCGAUUUGCUCAAACCAUGAAGAAUACAAUUCCAAUGCACAGAGAAAAAAUCAAAGACGCUUCCAAAUCUGACUUGAAUGAUUUUCUUGAAAAUGUCAGAAGGAUUUCUCCUAUGAUUGGAGAGAAAGCUAUGAAACAUCAAUCUGAACAGAGUACUGUAGAUAUAGAUUUUAAAUGGAAGAGUAAAAAAAGGAAAGCGCCAGCUCCACCUAAUCCAUUUACUGGAGAAGUAGAGCAAUUUUCUGAAGAGCUAAAUUUGGAUGAUAAUGAAGAUUUGAGUGCGCAAGAUAUGAUAGAUUUUUCUCCUGUAUACCGGUGCUUACAUAUCCAUACAGUUUUAGGAGAAAGAGAAGCCUUUGAACAUUAUUAUCGAAAUCAGCGGAAACAACAAGCAAAGUUAGCAUUGCAGCCUUCCACAAAUAUGAGUGAAACAAUUGAUGGAUAUCGGAGUUAUUUCAGUGGUAUAGUUGGCUUCUUUGUUGUUGAAGACCAUGUGCUGAAUACUGCAAAUGGUUUAGUGAACAGAGCCUAUUUAGAUGAAGUGUGGGCAAAUGCUUUGUCGAAAAUAGUCGCUUCUCUGAGAACACCCUCUGAUUGUUCAACUGAUACAUCACUCAUGUUACAAUUAAAGUGGCUUAUCAUGCUCUUCAGUUACACACUUAGAACCUAUGGCUAUCCUGUGAAUCAAUUAUUUGAGCUACUUUUGGAAAUAAGGGACCAAUACAAUGAGAUACUUAUGAGAAAAUGGACCAAAGUUUUUAGGAAAAUUUUUGACUCGGACAACUACCAUCCAAUUGAAGUAGAAACACAAGAAGCAUAUGAUGAAGUUAUUAAUAGAUUUCCAUAUCAUGAUGAAGAACUAAUGUUGGCUCCAUUUCCAAAAAAAUUUCCCUUUUCCCAAUUUGUUCCUGAAGUUUAUGAUCAAGUUAAGGAAUUCAUUAAUGCUUGCUUAAAAUUUUCACAAGAUUUGAAUCUCACUCAAACAGAAGUCCAAGACAUGGUUAGAAAAUCAACAAAUUUACUACUUACAACUACUCUGAGUGGUUGUCUCUCUAACCUUAUUAAAAGUUCAAAUUUAGGGCUGUUACAACUUAUACAAAUUACUAUUAACACAAAUCAUCUUGAGGAUGCAAGUGUUUAUUUGGAAGAUUAUAUUUCUAGUGUAACUGGGUUAACAAGCGACUCCUUCCAUGUUGCAAAGCUGCAAAGUCGGUCCAUGUUCAAAGAUUCUCGUGCAGAUGCUGAAUCUCAAAUUUAUGAAAAGUUAAAUGAGAAAAUAGAUGAAUUUUUGGAAUUAGCUAAUUAUGAUUGGCUCCUUAAUGAACCGGAAGGUCAAGCUAGUAGUUACCUAAGUGAUUUAAUAGCUUUUUUGAAAAGCACUUUUGAAGCAUUCACCAAUCUUCCAGACAAAGUUGCCCAGACAGCAUGUAUGUCAUCAUGUAAGCAUAUCGCAACUGCGUUGAUGCACUUCCUCUUGGAUAAGGAAGUAAAAUAUGUCUCAAUGGGUGCUCUGCAGCAGUUCAAUUUAGAUGUUAUGCAAUGUGAAUUAUUUGCAAAUUGUGUUCCUGUGAGAGGUUUUGAUGAAGAUAUUUUACUAAUGUGUUUUGCUGAAUUAAGACAAUUGCUAGAUCUGUUUACUGAAUGGGACUGGUCUAACUACUUCCAUGAAUAUGGCCAAGAAACUAGCAAAUAUUUACGGGUUAACCCUCAGACAGCUAUCAUAUUACUAGAAAAGAUUCGAGAAGCAGACAAAAAGAAAAAUUUGUUUUCAGCUCUUAAGAAAAAUGAAAGAGAUAAAAAGAAGCUUCUAGAGACAGUGUUAAAACAGUUGAGACAAUUAACUAGCAAUGGUGUUUCAUAGUGCUAUCAAAUUAUUUAUUUUUUAAAUCAUUGCUAAUGAUGGAGUGAAUUAAGACUUUCUUGUUAGAGAUGCCGCAUAUUACAUAAUUUUUUAAGUCAUUAUGUAAAAAACUUGUAAAUUCAUAUGUAUAUGCAGUUGAAACAAAAUUAUACUUCGAAGUACCUUAUUUUUAUAUAGGGUUUUCAUAGUCAUCAACUGUAAAAAGUAAAUAAACUAUUCAUAAUUGUUUCAAAUUUGA